GGCGCCUAGGAGCGGGCUCGGCCCUGUCCUGGGCACCAGGCCCAGCUGAAGGGCAGGGAGGGGGUUGGUGCGGCUGCCGGGAAGUGGGGGAAAACCCGGAGCGGAGGCCCUCCAGGGCCAGGCCCGGGGCAGAGUGGAUUCGACAGCCCCGGACGUCAUUCGCCCGGGAAAGGAAGGCGGACGUGCACGGGCAAAGUGGUCCCGCAGCGCUGUGGGUAGCAGCGAAUGGCCAGGAUUUCGAAGAGGCUGGUUUUACAGAGCUGGCUAUGUGUGAGUUGGUUAUGUUAGGACGAACAGGAGUUUGCAGGCACAGGAGGGAAGAACUGGACAUUCAGGCAAAGGAGUCUUCAGGUGCAAGGGCACAGAUCUGAGGGAGGGAAGAGUUUAAGAGCUACGCCAUUUGGUUUCCCAACUGAAUGGUGAGAGCAUAGUGGAUGAGGAAGCUGAUGGUCCUGGACAGGUAAGCGAGUCUCUGAACAGUGAGUGGAAUUGUGUGUAGUGCAGAGGAACUUGAACUUUAUUAGGUAGACAAAGGUGAGCCAGUCAAAGCCUUUGAGCCCAGGAAUGGUGGAGAAAUCCUGGGGGUGGGAGGGCUUUGUAGGGCAAGAACUAAUGUGAAAUGACCCAGAAUCGGCUCCUCCAUACUGUGGAGACUGAGAUCCCGAAUGAGACGACGUCUGGGAAUUAUAGGAAGUCUUGAUGGCGGUAGGUUAGCAUUAUUUGUUAAGGAAGAGGGCGCGUGAAAAAGGAAAGAACACUCAGGAGCCGAGACUCCUAGAAAUAUAGAAAACGGGGACAUUGAAGUUGGGAUGUGGAGAAGAAAGUGGUAUGGGAUGUUUUAGAGAGUGCUGAGGGUGGAGGAGUGUAGGGGGGAGAGUCACAGUUAGGAUCCGCCCUGUCGAGGAGCCUCAGUGGUCACUGUGAAUGUUCUGAGGAGCUUUGGCUGGUGGCAGCGACAGGGAGGGAGAGAAGAGGAAGAGUCGGUGUGGGAUGAUAGGCAGAGCCAGAGACUUAAGCAGGCCUGGGUUCUGUUUCAACUCUGAAACUUUGGGGGAAGUUAAUCUCUCUGAGCCUUGGCUUCCUCUUCUAUAAAAUGGAUCUAACACCCUUUUUGUAGGCUGUGGGACAUAAAGUAAUAUAUAUGUAUAUAUAAAGUGCUUGGCACAGGCUCAAAAAAUGAUAGUUGUUAUCAAGUGUGAUAGACCUCUGAAGAAGAACACAUUGUAGAGAAAGGUUGGGACCUAGGGCACACAUGGUGGUUUGGGGUAUAGGGAUGAACAGCAAAAACUUUUGCAGAGACUCAUGAAAAAGAUGAGAGGAUGUUUGCUGAAAUAAAGAUGAAGAGACAUAAGAAAAUUGAUGGCUGAUCCCUUAUAUGUUUGUAAGUAGGGGGCAAAAAUCUGCUGAGAGAGUUCCCUUAGACAUUCAGAAUCCAGUACCGGCAUCCCGCCAGUACUUCUUGGUGCCCUGUCUGCCACUUACCCCAGGCCUGGGUCCUGGGAUUGUCCUAGGGCAUAUAAACACGUGUUGUUUCAGGAGUCAGUGACCUUCGAGGAUGUGGCUGUCUACUUCUCUGAGAACGAAUGGACCGGCCUGGGCCCUGCUCAGAGGGCCCUGUACAGAGACGUGAUGCUGGAGAAUUAUGGGGCUGUGGCUUCCCUGGGCAGAUGUCUGAACUUGAGGGCUGUAAGAAGGAGAGGACAAGAAAGCAUUGAGGCCCCAAUUCCUCAAUGAAUGAAAUCAUCUGUUUGCUGACUCAAAGUGCUAUUGAGUAACUCUGUCAACUUCCUGACCUUUGUAAGUCUCCUAGCCCCUCUCCCCCAGGUCACCUUCCUUCUCCCUGGACUUCCUUUUCUCCUUCUCACUAGUGAUUCUCUAUUUCCCCUCCUGCCCUUGAAGACACAGGCCUGGGAGGAGCCCUUGGGAUUGCCCUGUGUCACUCCAGUCACCUGCCUGUCCCAUUUCCUUCUCCUCAAGCAGCAUUUCCAUUUCCCAAACCGGCCCUGAUUUCCCAGUUGGAGCGAGGGGAAGCACCCUGGUGCUCAGCUCCUCGGCGCGCUGUGGAUGGAGUGGGCCCGAGGAGCAUCUCAGCAGGGUUUCCAUUUCUAACGCCUGCUGGGGUCUUCCAUCUGGAGCGGGCAGAAGAGCCGUUGAACCUGAAACUGCAAGGAGAGCGUCCAAGCCUAAUUUGUACAGAGGGUGUGUUGAAGAGUGAGAAAGAAGAUUAUUUUCUGAAGGAGGAAAUUUGUGAGGAAGCACAGAGCCUCAUGGUGCUAUCAAGUGGACCCCAGUGGUAUGGCUCCCAAGGAUUCUGGCUUAGGAAAACCUGUGAAGAGGAGAAAAGUAGUGUAAGAAGAUGGCCUGGCUACCCCAAUGGGGGAAAUAUGGAGAAUACUACAAAAGAUAUUAUAGAAGUGAUCGUCAAGGAUGAGAUGAUCUCAGUAGAGGAGAGUUCAGAAAAUACUGGUAUCAAGAAUCACGUUGGUAUACAUCAGAAAAUUCUAAGUGAGCAGGUAUUCUAUAUAUGUGAAGAAUGCGGCAAGUGUUUUGAUCAAAACGAUGACUUUGAUCAACACCAGAAAACUCAUGGUGGAGAGAAGGUCUAUGGAUGUAAGGAAUGUGGGAAGGCUUUUAGUUUUAGAUCACAUUGCAUUGCACAUCAGAGAAUCCACAGUGGGGUGAAACCCUAUGCAUGUCAAGAGUGUGCCAAAACCUUCGUUUGGAAGUCAAACCUGAUUCGUCACCAGCGAGUACAUACUGGAGAGAAACCCUUUGAAUGUAAGGAAUGUGGGAAGGGCUUUAGUCAGAACACAAGCCUUACACAACAUCAGCGAAUCCACACUGGGGAGAAACCAUACACAUGCAAGGAAUGUGGGAAAAGCUUUACUCGAAACCCAGCCCUUCUUCGGCAUCAGAGAAUCCACACUGGGGAGAAGCCUUAUGAAUGUAAGGACUGUGGGAAAGGCUUCAUGUGGAACUCUGAUCUUGCUCAGCACCAGAGGGUCCACACUGGAGAGAAGCCUCAUGAAUGUUCUGACUGUGGGAAAAACUUCAUUUGCAAGGCACACCUUGUUCGACAUCAAAGAAUCCAUACUGGGGAAAGACCCUAUAAAUGUAAUGAAUGUGGGAAGGCCUUCAGUCAGAAUUCUGUCUUGAUUAAGCACCAAAGGCGCCAUGCCAGAGAGAAACCCUAUGACUGCCAGACCUCUCACCUUGAACAUUAGAGAGUACAUAAUGGUGGUGACUGCUUAUAAUUCUUAUGCUACUGGAACCCCACAGACAAAAUGAGAUGACCUUCCAUAGUUUGCUAUAACCCUACUAGCCAGUAUUAUCUUGCCCCUUCUGAUCAGAUACCAUGUACUGUAGCAAGACUGGUUCCCCUGUCCCACCGUGUUUAUACUAGGCACCAUUUAGUUGAGCACCUACUGUAUGUCAGGUACUGUGCUAACCACUUCACAUACAUUCUUUAAUUUUCAUAACAGUCCUAUUAAAGCAUAUACUCUUCCCAUUUUACAAAUGAGAAAUCAGGUUGACAGAGUAUUCUAAAACCUAUUCAAUGUUGCUCAGCUAGUAAGUUAUUGAGAUUAGAGCUAGGUCUGACUGUAGAGUCUACAGUUCUUUAUUUAAUUGUACAUAUUUGUGCCUCUCCCCAUUUUUAUUUGCUUAAGUUUUCCUGGGCCUUUAGUUUCCCUUCAUCAUCUAAGACCCAGCUCCUUCAGCUAAGCAGACCUCUUUUCCUAUUCUACUUAUAGUCAGUCCAUGCAAGUUAGUAUUUAAUUAUACGCUGUCUUAUAUCUUUCUACUAGUCUUAUGUCUCUUAGUCUUAAUGCCAGCUAAGUGGCUCUUUGAGGACCAGCACUGCAUUUCUUUUAUGUUCUUCAAAUUUUGAAACUUAUUUAUUUUUUGACUAGAUACAAUGUGCUCAUGGUAAAAAAAAAGUUGAAAUAAUUCAAAACGGUAUUUAUUCAGUGUAAAGUAAAUUUCCUUGUCAUUCUUGACUCGCAAGUCUCCCAGUUUUCUCCCCAGGCAACCACUCUUACUGGUUAUGUAUUUUUCUAGAGGUAUUCUCUAUAUACAAAUAUUUAUUGUUACUGCUUUAUAUAAAUCUACCUCACUGAAAACCUUAUUUGAUCUAGAUCACAUUGCAGUUACAUUGCCAACUCUAGGACCCUCCCUUCCUUAGAAGUUGUGGGCUUCCUGGAGGUGCAAAGGGAACUUAGGGAAAGCUGCAGAGGGUAGUCCAUGUUGUGUGAUCUUGGGAGACCCAGUUGCUCUUGUGUCAUGAGACAGCACUCUGGGAUUGGGAAAAUAUUUGCCUAGUUAGAGAUUUUUUUUUUUUUAAUAAAAAUUUGUACAACUACAA